GGUCUACUUGAUGUUGGCAAGGCAACGGGGUCAGUGUCGUCCCUGAUGUCUUGACAGGUGCCUGCGAGUGUAUCGCUCAGCAUGUAUGCCAAAGGAAAAGGUUCUAGUGUACCUUCCGAUGCUCAAGCCAGGGAAAAAUUAGCUUUAUACGUUUAUGAAUAUUUAUUACAUGUAGGGGCACAAAAAUCAGCACAGACAUUUUUGUCAGAAAUACGGUGGGAAAAAAAUAUCACAUUAGGAGAACCUCCGGGGUUUUUACAUUCAUGGUGGUGUGUUUUUUGGGAUUUAUAUUGCGCAGCACCAGAACGUAGAGACACAUGUGAUCACUCGAGUGAGGCGAAGGCGUUUCAUGAUUAUGGUUUUGUAAAUUCAGGGUACAGUGUAAACGGUAUGGCUCCGAAUGCAGCGGCGCCGAGUCCAUUAGGUCAAAUGCCGCCGCAAGAUGGCAUGCCAGGUGGUCCUAUCCCACCCAGUUUUUUCCCUGGCGGUUCUCAGCCUUCCCCUCACCCCUCAGGCCCACACAAUCCAAUGAUGGGCCCAAAUCAACCAUUUAUGUCACCACGGUAUCCAGGUGGGCCAAGAGGUCCGGGUCCUGGGCCAGUUAGAUUACCGAAUCAAAUAGAUUUUAAUCCACCACCUGGUAGUACGGGUGGUCCAAUGCCUGGAAUGCCCAAUAACAUGGAUCCAAGACCAGGUGUGUAUAUUACAGGUCACCCCAGUAUGGGAAUGCAGCGAAUAAAUCAUCCAGGUGUGAGAAUGCCUGGUCCUAUGAAUCCUGUGUACGAUUCAUUACAGAAUUAUAGUGGUAUGCGGGGCCCACCUCCAAACCCUGGAAUGGGGCCUGGUCCAGGAGGAAUGCCACCAAUGUCCAUUAUGGAAUGGAAUGGAAUGGCAAUCAAAGUCUCGUCACCACAAUCCUCCGGUCAUUUUGAGACUAACAUAUGGCCCGGCGGACCAGGUGGUCCAGGACCUGGAAGACCAUGGCCUCCCACAUCUUCAUCAUCAUUAAACUACUCAUCGGCAUCUCCUGGAAGUUAUAAUGGUCCCGUGUCUGGGCCGCCAGGUACACCUAUACACAUGCCAAGCCCACAGGGUGACUCGGCGAAUUCUGGUGAUGGAAUGUAUGGAAUGAUGAAACCGGGUGGUAUGCCCGGAAUGCCUGGGUUUAUGGGAGGUCCUGAUGGCAUGCCAAUGGGACCUGGUGAUAUGCCCCCAGUUAUGAAUGGUGAUAUGGAUGGAAUGAAAAACUCUCCGGCAAACGGCCCUGGUACGCCGAGGGAUAACUUAACGCCCGUCAGCGGUCCUGGCCCAGAUAUGGGUCCAUACGGGUUAGGGGGCUACCAAGAAAACAUGCUUGGGUAUCGACCUGAACUGGAUAAUAUACACUGAAUUCAAAGUUUGUAUAGAGAAAUUCAAUUGGACAAGGUUUGAAGAAGGCAGGCCAAUCAGAGAUUGCCUAAGAAAAAAAAACAGGUUUUGGGGUCAAUGCUUAAAUACAACAGUUGGAACUGUAUUUGAGUUCUGUGGUAGCCUUUGACCAACUCUGUACAAGUCAUACUUGAGUUUUUAAAACAAAAAACAAUUGUUCAUCUUUGAUCUGCGACAUGUAAGAGGUUUUUUUUUUCUUCUUGGAAAAUAUCCCAUUUAUUGUUUUUAUUUUUGAACCUCAUUCAAUAUAUUGUCCAUCAUUUGAUCAUACUUAUGUCUUGUCUUAUUAAACUAAAAACAGAGUCAUGUCUCAUUCUAUAUUAUAUGCUCACUUAUCAUUGUGAGAUAUGAAAUAUAAAAAAAAUACAAAUUUUCAAGAAGAUUUUUUUUUUUUUAAAAAUCAAAUUUAUCUGUUUACUGUUCGGACAUGAAAGUUUUGAAAUGGACGUUUUUACUUCGUCAUAUCUCAUCGCAUUUUGUGUCUAUUGAUGUUGAGUUGGUAGCCAUUUUGUUUAUAAUGUUACUAAUUUUGAUGGAUGUAUGUUAAUGUUAACUUGCCAUUUUAUUUGUACACAGAACAGGGUGAGCAGAUGUAAAAGUUAAAACAAAAAAGAGUUUCGUUCAUAUAUUAUUUAGAUUAUGGAUGGAGAUUUACCUCAAAAGUAACUUAUUAUUAAUAUAGGGGGGCGAUCCAUGCUCACUAGUCAGCGGGUUAGGGUUGUCAUGGUGGUACAACCAUCUCUUUUGACCUUUACUUGUCCACGGAAAAGUGGCACAUUAAACCCCCCCCCAUUUCAUUUCACUAGUCUGUAGGUUCACUAGUUCGCAUGUCGUGUUUCAACCGUUGAUCUCGACUUAUCCGUGGAAAACUGGGAUGUAAAAUCCCCACUUCAUUUCACUAGUCUGCGGGUUCGCAUGUUUGCGUGUUGGGUUUAUUGUUCGGUUUGACCUUGACAAAAAUGUCUUAAACCAUCUGUGGGGUUCAGGGUUUUAUUUGAGCACCCAUAUUUAUAAAAUGUUGUACAGCGGCUGACUAGGGAAACCCUUUCAUUCAUUAACUUAUCACUGCGGAUAAAACUUCAGGCAAAGUAUUUUAUCAUUUAUUGAAACACAAUCUAAGCUGGCCUUAAUAAUUGUUCUAUCAUGUAUAGGAUUUUUUUGAGUUAUUUCUUUCAGUGCUUUUCAGUGGGAAUUAAUUGAUUAAUUAGAAUUAUCCCUGAUAUUAUUACUUCCCUGUUGUUCAUAUUUUAAUACUGUAUAUCAAGUCCUUGUAAAUGUUGUCGAAUAUAAUUAUAAUAUAUAAAACCGUAAGUAGCCAGAUUUGGAUGUUUUUGAUAUUAACAUAUUUCCCCCGUGGAUAAUUGAAUAUCCACGUACAGGAGAUCUGUCAUAUGUCUAUUAUUGCUCGCCCUGUGUAAUGUGUGUUUUUUUUUUUUUUUGUAAGAUAUGUUAAUGAAAAUGAAGAGGAUAUUUUUUACACCUAUAUAUUCACGGUUAUAUUAUUUAAAAUUAGCCGGCCCUAUUUAAUCCACCCUACUCUCACCUUUCUAGGACACAGGAUGUUUAUUGACAUGUAGCAUAUCACAGUUCAAAUCGGUCAUUAAAUUCACAAAUCAUCUUUUUAGAGGCAUUUAGUAACUGGAUAGAGCAAUAAGCUGUGACACAUACUUAUAGAAAGCGACUAUUAAUAUUUUUAGGCAACGUUUCAAAGAGCUUUUUCUCAGCCAUGUUUGGAACAGUAUUUUCUCAACGAUAUUGGCGAUGAAUUAAAGAGUAUUCUCACUUUAUCAAGUUGAAUGACGAUUCUAAGAACCGUCGCCAAAAUAUAUCAGUUGCUGCUUGCCAUAAGUAUGGGUUAUAGUUUAAGAUUUACAAAGUCCAUAGUCUAGUAGAAUACUAAACUGCUUUAAAUUUACCUUUAUGGUAUGACAUACAUGACAAAAUUCUAAAUGUUUUUAAUACACUAUUUCAAAUUUUGGCUGUUAUCUCUAUCCAUAUCGGUAAUUCCUCUAGAUAUUUCUUUCCUCUAAAAAAAAAAUUGUAGAAUGAUCUUUAUUAAUUUGUUUCUGUAUAUAUGUGUAUAUAUAUUUAAAAAAACUUUUUAUAUAAUAUUAGAAUAAAAAAUGAGAGAUUAUUAUUAUUAUUAUCAUUAAUUAGAAAUUUCUUUAUAACUUUUAAAAAAUAAAUCUCUGCUACUGGUCAGUUUUAAGUUUGUAAAACUAACUUGCUCAAAUAAUGAAAAUGAUCAGUGACACUAUAUAUAUAUAUAUAUAGAUUAGUAGAUAAAAAAAAUGCAUAUCAAUUGAUGGUAUUUUAAUGACCGGAGUAGAUAAUUAAAACCAAGAGAGUAGGGUGAAACUAACGAUGUAAAUGUCUCUGUGUUUAUAUUUUUAGCGAAAAAGAUCUGCAAUGCUUUGUAAAUUAUGCAGUCUGAUGUAUUUUAUUUUACUUUUGUCAUGGGUUUAUAUUUUUUUUUUUUUUUGUUCCUGUGAUGUUUUUCAAAUGACCUUCAUUCAUUUUACACACACCUCCUCUUCCUCCCUUGCCAACAUGGCGGAGAAGAAGGAGAUUCACAAUCAAAAUGUACGGCAAUAUUGUACUAUAUCUUUAGUCAUUUUGUAUUAUUCAUGUGACAAUGUUGGGACAAGCAGACAGACAGAUGGAUGUAUGACCGACCCCCCCCCCCCCCCCCCUCGAGUCUGUUAUACUUUAUAAGUUAUUACGUAUUUUUUUUUUGUAUAGAAUGUAGCUGUGUAUGUCAACCUUUUUAGUUUCUCUCAAAAUUUUCAAAAUGUACGUCCUGUUAUGAGAAAAACGAAUUGUGUAGAAUUCCGAGGGCUAUAAUAAAACAAAAUAUCUGUCUACUGUUAAA